CCAGAGCAAGUAUUCGUCAUGUUCCACUAUCUGCAUCUCAGGAGUCGUUUUCUACAGACCCUUAUCCUCGCACUGGUCGGCCUGACCUUCUACGCGUAUUACCGCACCGCCGUGUAUGAUGUUCACCAGUACAGCUUAACACGAAACACCAAUUAUUCUGCAUACCAAGAUGGCCUUCACGUUCAUACGAAUCUCAGCCAAUCCAAAAACUCUAGCUCAGACAGCAUGUCUCUAAGCCCAUAUAUAGUGCAUAACUCUAGCAAUAGUUCCUCGAUUUUCACUACGUUGUCAACGUCCUCCAGCGUACAGUCUUUGUCCUCGUUGUCUUCCGUGAGCACGUUGGUCAGCUCGAAGCAGAGGAUGAACGAGAAGCUUGAGAUGGCAAGAGUUACCAACGUGACUAAGUCAGCACCGAUUGUAGUUCGUAACGAUUCGGCACGCGCCAUAUACGAGACCGGACAUAUCGUAUCAAUCCCUGAACGCUGCCCGAAUCUUGGCAAGGGCAUGGAUUUAGUGAUGAUAGUAAUGUCCGCACCAACUCAUCUAGAGGCUCGAACGGCAAUUCGGCAGACCUGGGGACACUUUGGCCAGCGUAGCGAUAUGAGCGUGCUCUUCAUGCUUGGUACCACUCUUGAUCCAAGAGUGGAGACGAUCCUGCAUAAAGAGCAAAACAUGUACAAGGACGUGAUACGCGGUCGUUUCCUUGACUCCUAUUCGAAUCUCACUCUCAAAACCAUUUCGACAUUGGAAUGGGUAGACACCUAUUGUUCUAAAGUGAAGUAUCUGCUAAAAACCGAUGAUGAUAUGUUCAUUAAUGUGCCGCGAUUGUUAGCGUUCGUGUAUAAGCACGUGAAAGAUCGUAACGUGAUAUUUGGCCGACUGGCUAGAAAGUGGAAGCCAAUCCGGAACCGCAAGAGCAAGUACUUUGUAUCACAGGCACAGUUCCAGCAGUCUGUGUUUCCAGACUUCACCACUGGUCCGGCAUACCUGUUGUCGAGCGAUACGGUGCGUCGUUUGUACGAUGCUGCUUUAGACCAGACAUAUCUAAAGCUCGAGGAUGUAUUCACGACGGGCAUCGUUGCGCACAGACUCGGCAUCAGGCGCUCGCACGUCAACGAAUUUCUGAAUAAACGGAUACAAUAUACGGCCUGCAAUAUCCAACGUGGCAUUAGUAUACACAUGGUUAAGUACAGCGAGCAGUUCGACCUCUGGAAAAAGCUGCUCGACGGUAAGAGUAAAUGUAAGAGAUAA